AUGGCGAAAAACAGCACAGUGGUGACAGAAUUUGUCCUCCUUGGUCUCUCUCAGAAUCCCAGAGUACAGACCCUUCUCUUCUUCCUUUUCCUCACCAUCUACAGCACAACCUGGCUUGGAAACCUCACCAUCAUAAUCACUGUGAUCACCACACCCAGCCUCCACACACCCAUGUACUUUCUAUUAGCUAACUUGGCAGUCAUAGACAUCAGUGAAUCAUCAGUCACAUCACUCAAAAUGCUGUGGGACCUUUUCUUUCAUACUCGUACCAUCUCCUACAAGUGGUGCAUCACACAGAUCUUCUUCAUCCACUUAACAGGGGGUGCAGUGGUUUUCUUACUUGUUGCCAUGGCUGUUGACAGAUUCAUAGCUAUCUACAAGCCACUGCAGUACUUAAUUAUCAUGAACCAAGGGGUUUGCAUAGGUUUGGUGGCAGGAGCAUGGCUGGGUGGCUUCGCUCACUCCAUUGUCCAGAUUGGAAUUCUUAUUCAACUGCCUUUCUGUGAAUCCAACAUUCUGGAUAAUUUCUACUGUGACAUCCCUCAGCUCAUCAAACAUGCUUGUAUCAACACGUUCGUCAUAGAGCUGCUGAUGGUUUGUAACAGUGGACUACUCCUGACAGUCAUCUUCUUUUCCUUACUUGUGUCAUACACUGUCAUCUUGGUGAAGAUACGAACCCAUGUCACAGAAGGGAAACACAAAGCUCUUUCCACUUGCGCUGCACAGAUCCUGGUCAUGAGCUUAAAUUUUGUCCCAGGGAUGCUUGUUUAUGACCGGCCUUUCAAGGUAUUUCCAGGAGAAAAGAUUGCUUCAGUCCUCUAUACCCUUUUGACACCAAUGCUGAACUCGAUGAUUUUCACUUUGCGCAAUGCCGAGAUGAAAAAGACAGUUGGGAAACUCAUGAGAAAACUGAUGAUUUCGAAAAGGACAUGGCCACCUUGUUGUGUUUGUCAUGGAGAGCCUUAG